UGCAUUUAAACUGUUACAAAUACACGAUGAAUUCAAUAUUCUAAAUGAUGAUGUUAAACGUGUUAUUGAUUUAUGUGCGGCACCGGGCAGUUGGUCACAAGUUCUAUCUCGAACAUUAUAUAAAACAAAAAGAUCUACGACAACAACAAUAAAUGAUUUAUCAUUGGAAAUGAACGAAAAUUUAAAUUUAGAUGAAGAUAAUGUUAAAAUAAUUGCUGUUGAUUUACAAACAAUGGCACCAUUAGCAGGAGUUGAACAAAUCAAAGGAGAUAUAACAAAACGUUCAACAAUUGAAACAAUUUUAGAUCUUUUAAAAAGUUCUAAUGGUGAAACAUUAAAAGCUGAUUUAAUUAUUUGUGAUGGUGCUCCAGAUGUAACCGGAUUACAUGAUAUUGAUGAGUUUAUUCAAGGCAAUUUAGUAUUAGCUGCUCUCAACAUAUGUUUACAUUGUCUAUGUUCAAACGGCAGUUUUAUAUCAAAAAUAUUUCGUACAAAAAAUAUUGAUUUACUUUAUCAACAAUUAAAACUAUUUUUUCGUGAUGUCACUAUAGCAAAACCACGAUCAUCACGUAAUUCAUCUGUGGAAGCAUUUAUCAUUGGUAGACAAUUUCAAAUACCCGAUAAUUUUCUUGUACCAUCGAUGGCUGAACCAUUUGCCUAUAGUUUUGAAAAAAAUUUAGUAAAUAAUUCAUUUUCGUUAUAUUCUGCGUGUAUUAUACCGUUUGUAGCAUGUGGAAGUUUAGAUGGUUUUGAUUCAGAUAAGACAUAUCCAUUAAAUUUAGAAGGUGAAACAAAACAGUAUGAAUAUCAUGAACCGGUGGCACCUCCAAUUAAUCCACCGUAUGAAGAAGCAUGUACUUUGAAGAAAAAACAACAACUAACGAAGAAAUUGAGCACUACAUGA